GUCCAGCUCAGCUCUGAGCACAGGAAGGACCCAGACCCUUCUGUGGCUGUCCCAGGUGCUGAAUGCCGUCCCCAUCCUACUGCGCAUCCCAGGGGUGGCUAAGAAGGCCUUGCCUGCACUAAAGGACUUCUUGUACCUGCUGGAUAACCUGUUGACAGAGCAUAAGACGACCUGGGAUUCGGCCCAGCCACCCCGAGACCUAACUGACGCCUUCCUGGCCGAGAUGGAGAAGGCCAAGGGGAACCCCGAGAGCAGCUUCAAUGAUGAGAACCUGCGCAUGUUUAUUUCUGACCUCUUCAUGGCAGGGAUGGUGACCACCUCGACCACGCUGGCCUGGGCCCUGCUUCUCAUGAUCCUGCACCCGGAUGUGCAGC